AUGGCCACCCCUAAGAUCACACUGUAUUUUGACAUCGUCAGCCCUUUCGCAUACAUUGCGUUCCAUGUUUUGAAGGCAAGCCCCAUCACACAUAACCGAGGUUCCUGGUGCCUGGAUACUAAUUUCCAUUUCCAGAACUCGCCAACAUUCGCCGGGUGCGACAUCAGCUACGUGCCUAUUCUGUUAGGAGGCCUGUUCAAUGCAUGCAACAAUACGGCCCCCAUCAACAUCAAGAACAAGGAUAAAUGGAUAAACGUGGAGCGCAGAAGGUGGGCAAAGUACUUCUCCGUUCCCAUCAGCGACAACCCGCCCGACGGUUUCCCGCCACGCACACUGGCCGUCCAACGCGCCCUGGCUGCCAUCUCGCACAAGUCUCCCGCAAAACUGCCCCUCGUCAUCGAGGCCCUGUGGCACUCAUUCUGGGUCGAGUCGAACUCCAAGAUCGGAGAGCCGGCGGGAUUUACUCCCGUGCUUGACGGUGUGCUCGGACAGCAGGCUACCGAGGAGGUUUUGUCCGCUAUUACACAGCCUGAGAUCAAAGAAAUUCUUGCCUCAAAUACCGACCGUGCCUUCACAGCUGGUGCCUUCGGCAUCCCAUGGUUUGAAUGCACUAACUCCGCAGGCGAAAGUGAGGGGUUCUGGGGAAUUGAUCACCUGGGCCAAGUGGUUGACUUCCUAUGGCUGGAUCGUAGCCGGGACCCGGGCUUCAAGGCGUUGUUGUGA